CGUUGAUACACACCCGGGAUCGGAGGUGCAAAGGAAGCACUAAUUACAAUUCACAAGACAAAAUUAACAGAAGCAAGUACAAAUUUGCGACAGUGGUGAAAGAAGCUUGUGUUAAGAGAAGGAGAAAACGACGGCGUUUAGCAAGGAAAAAAAAUGAGUUGGGAGAAGAAGAGGGAAGAAGAAGAAGAGGAAGAAGCGUUGAAGACAGUGGAGCUGGAAAACGGUCUCCGCCUAGUCCCGCGCGUGAAGCUGAACCUGAGCGUAUACCCUUCCACGCCCCACACUCUCACGCGCCCCAUCGACGAGUGGAAGAUGAAGCGCGCCCUAAUCGACUUCCUCCGCUCCUCCCACUCCCUCACGCUCCCCGAGGACGACCUCCAGAUCACGCGCCUCAACAAGCGCAAACGCCACCACGAUUCCGACUCCGCCUCCGCCGUUGCCGCCGCCACGCUCCGCGUCUGGGACCUCCCCCCCGACCGCCGCAACCGCCUCGCCCAGGAAAUGGACGGCAUCGAGCUCAACCUCCAGGGCGCCAGGUUCCGCCUCGCCGCUUCCGUUCCCGCUUCCGACGAUUUCGCCGCCAUGAAGAAGGAGUGGGAGGAGCAUUCCGCGUUUCGGAGCCGUCGCGAACCGGACACCGUUGUUCUCCGAGGUGUCCCCUCGCGCUGGUUCGCUGAGCCCAGGGUUUCUUCCAAACCCUCCAUGCUCGUCACGCACACCAUCUUCUCCACUUUCGGCAAAAUAAGGAAUCUUAAUGUUGCUGAGGAUGAUGAUUUUGGCAAGGAUGCGAAUGAAGAUAGUGGGGACCUAGUUUCUGGCCUUUACUGCAAGAUUGUGGUUCAGUUUGAGAAAUAUAGAGACUUCCAUGAUGCAUUGAGAGUUCUGUGUGGUCGCUCGUUGCAAAAGGAAGGGUCACGAUUGAAGGCUGAUUAUGAGGUUAGUUGGGAUAAAGAUGGAUUUUUUCGGAAUUCUAGGAAUCAAAUUCAAGAGAAGAAUAACAUGAUAUCCGCAAGGGCAGCAGAUCAUUAUAGAAGUGAUGCUCCCAGACGUCAUCCCUACAACUCUCGCCACAGUCCAGAAUAUAAUGCACGCCCCAGGAGAUUUAAGGAAUAAGGACGGAAAGCUUUUUUAAUUUUUGAAAACAAAAUCGAAAGCAUUUUAAUUAUGGACUGAUCUCAAGUUUAGACUCGGAAUGUUUUGGACAGCAUACAAUUUCUUGGGGUAUUGACUAGGGUCAACUCAAGUUUAUGACGCUGGAUUAUAUUCGAAGAUCAACCAUACUGACAAUUUAGACUUCAUUGUUCCAAAAUAUGAUGAGUGGUUAAAAUACUGCUGUUUUACAGAUCCAUAUUCUUAUCCCAAAUGUUCCAAAUUCUGAAACUUUAGUAUUCAUUCUUAUCCUUUCUUUUCCUUUGAUGCUGUGGAAACAGUUUAUCAUUAGCAGACAGUACAUACUCUGAUUACCUCUUCUCAAAAGGAAAUAUUUACUGCCUACAUUGUUUGACCAAAAUUUAAGGGUGGCUGAAUUGAGUUACUACCACUUGGAUACGCAGUAAAAUGAUGUAAGAGAGAAGAAUGGUAUUUUUCAUCAUGUAUUUUUUGGAACUUGUUAACAUGUUAUAAAUAUCAUGCUAAAAUAUAAUAGGUUUUUCAAA